AUGACGCAGAACUUCAUCCGGGAUUUAGACUACCAGAACCGCUAUUCAGACUAUCCCAAGAUCGAGCGAUUGAUCAAGCUCAAGGACGAUAUCUUGGCCAAGCGGGCCACGCCAGGAAUUCUUAUGGAAGUCUUUCUCAGUGCGAGUCCUCGAGACUGGGGUCCUCCAAGCGUGCAAAGCGUCUCCGCCGUCGUUAGCAGCGCGGGUCUGUCGGGACAGCGCUGCACGGGUGGUGGCUCCUUGGUCUCCUCGAGUUCUUAUAGCUCCUUUAAAGAGAGUGAUCCCUCCUUUUCGUUUCAAGCCACGCGGAGCGCGAGGGACUUGAAGGUCUUUAGCGAUAAAAUGGCCGGGCAUCUACAGGUGGUGACAACCUGCCUUGCGCAGAUGGACAACGACCUGAAAGGUGCCGCGCUGGCCACAGAAACCCUUUUCGUGGAACUGGUAAACUCCGCGCAGACAGUGGCGGGAAGCUUAGCCAUGACGGCUGUCAGUGCUCUGGAGAAGCUUCCGACGCUGCUUUGGGCGGCAAGGAGUCAAGGACGUGAGCUGCAAGCUUGUGUCGGCGAGCUUCAUGUCAGCAUGGCUGGUCUGCAUAAGCAGAUGCAGGCAGUCCGCCGUGACUACAUCGACCUGCUCGAACAAGUACAGUACGUGGGGCAGUGCUCGCAUGUAACACUGGACCAGAUUGCGAUGAGCUCUCUACCGGAACCUGUCGAAGAUGAGCAUGGAAGCCUGGAGUGCCAAGUCCGAUCCGGUUUUGACCUGACCACAGUGCAGAGAGAGUCACAGCAGUACCUGGAGCUGGCGCUCAUGCAGUUAGAUAGCAUGUGCAACAUCUUGGAGGAUUGCUGUGACUUCUGGUUGACACUGCACCAGGCAGAGUUGCAGGUCCUGAGCCUUCCAAAAGGCAUUCCAGGACAGCAGCUUUGCCAGGCUUUUGCGGACACUUACGGUCUUUUUGUGGCGCGUAUUCCGGGGCACUUCGACCUACCAGGCCUUGGCACUAAGUUUGACGUGAUACUCAUCGACCCGCCCUGGGAGGAGUACAAUGCAAGAGUCGCCGGGAUGUACGUCCCAGAUGAGGACCUGGCUACCUGGACUCUAGAAGAGCUCAAGACUCUCAAGAUCGGAGAAAUUGCGGACGCACAGUCCUUCUUGUUCCUUUGGUGCGGCGAAACGCACCUGGAGCACGGUCGUGAGCUCUUGAAGAAGUGGGGCUUCCGACGCAUCGAGGAUGUCUGCUGGGUGAAGACGAAUCGGCAAGCCAAGCUGGAUGCCAGGGGUAAAGUGAACCGACAAACUUCAGCCAAAGAAGAAGUUGUAACCCUGCAGCCUGGCCUCAAAGGCAUAGAAAGGGACCCCAACACAGGUAAAAUGUUGAAAGUUUUUCCGAACACGCGAGCAGAAAGACUGGGCCUGAAGGCCGGCCAGCGCAUCGUGCAAGUCGGCGCACAACAGUACAGCCAGGCAGCUUGGCGCAAGGCCGUUCAGGCAUCGAAGCCUUUCAACAUAACUGUAGAUUCGCCCACGGAACUGGAGGAGAGGGUAGAGUUUGGUCUAUGGUGUGUGGCACUGCCAUCAGGCUUGUUGGGCUGUUUGCUAUUGCUGGGCUUGCCCUAUAUCUUCUACAUCCGCCGCAUGGACAAAGAUUGGCAACUGGACCUUUGCAGUGAAGUGCUCAGUCGUCCUUCGAUUCUGAGCAUCACGCUGGUGAAUGCCUUGGCGCGGGCAGGGUUCGCAAUGCGCGAAUGGUACUACUCAGAUAUCUUGGCCAAAAUGCGGGCUGUUGCGGAAGUUGCCUUUGUGUCAGGCCUCAUGACAGGUUUACUUCUGAAUGCACGAAACGAUUUGUUGCGCACACCGUUGUGCAGCGAUGUUGUAAUCGGAUUCCUACGCAAGACAACGUGGACAGCGCUCAUUCUUUGUUCGACAUCAGUCCUGUGUUGUAGCGCCUUGGCUUGGCUGUAUCAUGGUCCGACAGGCCAGCUUCAAGUGGGACAUGUCAUGAAGAUUCUGUAUGCCUUAGGAGACGUGCCAGAGUUCUUCCAGCUGAUGACGCUCACCUUCCUUGUCUCACGCAUUUCUGCAUCGGCACGUCAGCUGAUGUUGGAGGUCACCGUUGUCAUGCCGUGUGAUGCCAGGGACUUUCCCAAGCAAGUGCAUGCGCCUUGUUCAAGAGUUUUGUGUGACAGUACCCCCAAGCUGUCAACCUGUGGGUUGCCGCUGGUGCUUGUCGCCUCUAAAAUACUGAUGGCUGGCUUCUCCUGGUAUGGCACGGUGCAGCUACUGGCUGUGAGUGAGGUGAACCGUGGCUUCAAGGAACCCUGGCUCAGGCUGUUGCUGACAUCAUGCCAUUUGGGAGCAGUGCUGUUGGCGGUUGUAGCUGGACCUUUUCAGCUGUCUGCUGCUUUGACAGAUCUUGAGAACAAGCUGAAUGAGGAACGGCAUCGUGAUGGAGGGAUGCAUUUGGAAGUGCAAGCUGUUGAAGCAAUGCUUGCAAAGCAGAACAAUGGACAAGGUUGGGGCAUCCCGGUGUUUGAAGGCUUCAUCCUCAGCAAGGCGGUGCUACAAACCAUAUUCAUCCGCCUAGCUCUCGCCGGCACCGUAAUAAAAACUUUCCUUGACUGCGAGCUGGGCUUUGAGAAAGAGCAGACGGAAGCUUUACAGCCAGACCUAGCGGAGCUGAAAGGCAUGCUAAGAAACAUGACCAC